AUGAACUCUGAUCUCAACUCCAUUCUGCAUUCCGGCUACCAGCAUGCCGUAACCCGGGCGUGGCAGAAUCAGGGUCGCAACAUCACCAAGUCCAUGUUCAUGUACCCCAUCUUUAUCACCGACGAUGCAGAUGCUCAAGUUCCUCUGGCCUCCAUGCCCGGUCAGUGUCGAUGGGGUGUCAACAAGCUCGAGGACUUUCUUGGGCCUUUGGUCAAGAAGGGUCUUUCCUCCGUCAUUCUGUUUGGCGUUCCACUCCAGACGCCCAAGGACGCCCAAGGCACGCUCGCAGACGACCCCAACGGACCCGUCAUCCAAGCCAUCAAAGUAUUGAGGAAAGCAUUCCCUUCGCUCUACAUCGCCACCGACGUCUGCCUGUGCGAAUACACUUCGCACGGUCACUGCGGUAUCCUUCAUGACGAUGGCACCAUCAACAACCAGCCUUCCGUCGAGCGUCUCGCUCAGGUCGCCGUCAAUUACGCCAAGGCAGGUGCCCAUUGCGUCGCUCCCAGCGACAUGAUGGACGGUCGUGUCCGCGCCAUCAAGAAGGGCUUGAUCGACGCUGGCUUCGGCAACAAGGUCACCCUCAUGGCGUACAGUGCCAAGUUUGCUAGCAGCCUCUACGGUCCAUUUCGGGAUGCAGUCGACUCAGCGCCGUCGUUUGGGGACAGGAGGUGCUACCAGCUUCCGCCCACAGCACGAGGCCUCGCCCGACGAGCCAUCCUCCGCGAUGCCUCCGAGGGCGCCGACGUGCUCAUGGUGAAACCUACCCUGCCGUACCUCGACAUUGUUACUGAAGCAAGGGACUUGGCCCCCGAUCACCCUUUGGCGUGCUACCAGGUCAGCGGCGAGUUUGCCAUGAUCCACGCUGGCGCCAAGGCGGGAGUCUACGAGCUGCGCAGGAUGGCCGAAGAGUCUGUCCAGAGCAUGGUGCGCGCCGGCGCCAACAUCAUCCUCAGCUACUUUACUCCCGAGUUUCUUGACUGGCUCGACGAACCAACUAUGCUCUGA